AUGCCUACCAACCAAGCAGCUUGGCUCACAGCUAAAAAGGCUAAACCUUUGGAAGUCAAAGCAGCUCCUUACACGCCGCCAGCUCAAAAUGAGAUCGUCAUUCGGAACCGAGCCGUGGCCAUCAACCCGGUUGACUGGUUCAAGCAAGAAACCGGCGACAUCCUCUACGAAUGGGUCAAAUACCCCUGCAUCCUCGGCAACGACGUGUCCGGCGAGGUUGUCCAAGUCGGCCCGGGUGCCGGAGACCGCUUCAAGGUCGGCGACCGCGUUGUUGGUCACGCCGUGGGUCUCGACAAGCGCAGCAAUAAGUCAUCAGAAGGCGGUUUUCAAGAUUACGUCGUCCUGCGAACCGAUCUAACUUCACAAAUCCCCGAUUCCAUGACCUUUGAGGACGCAUGCGUCAUACCCUUGGGUGCUUCCACCGCUGCCUGUGGCCUUUUCAUGAAGGACUUUAAUGGUCUCAACCACCCAGAUGUCUCUGCGAAACCCACCGGCGAGACCUUUCUUGUAUGGGGUGGCUCGACUAGUGUGGGAUGCAACGCCAUUCAGCUUGCUGUCGGAGCUGGUUACGAAGUCAUUGCGACAGCAUCGCCAAAGAACUUUGACUACGUCAAGUCUCUCGGCGCUACAGAAGCCUUCGAUUAUCGCAGCCCGACUGUUGUUCAAGAUAUCAAAAAGGCAUUCCAGGGCCGGAAGUCGGCUGGUGCCAUUGCGAUUGGGGCAGGGUCCCUGAUGCCCUGUAUCAACAUCAUGGCUGCUUGCAAGGGUCGCAAGUUCGUCGCCCAAGCUAGUGUCGCUGGACCUGGCAGGCCGCCCACGAAUGUCUCGGAAACUGUGUCAUUGUUGUGGGCAAUGGGUUCAGAGAGCGCGGCGGCGGCAUUCAAGUGCAAGACGAGCGGUGUGCGUAGCAAGUUCAUCUGGGGAAGUGAUUUGAUAGCGAACGAAGUCGGCGCGGCCCUCUACCGAGACUUCCUACCUCAAGCACUGGCUCAGGGCACAUUUAUUCCGGCUCCCAAAUCUCAAGUUGUUGGAAAAGGUUUGGGAUCUAUUCAGGAGGCAUUCGAGGCGAGCUACAAGGGAGUUUCAGCGAGAAAGAUUGUCGUGUCUUUGUGA